UCAAUCUCCAUCUUUCUCCGAAAUUAGCCGAACCAUCCUCAAGUACGAUCUUCUCCAGUAUUUGUAAAUAUGUAGUCCGUUUACUGUUGAGUGUAGUACGUUUACUAUUUAUUUCUCUUUUUUGUUGCAAUUUCAGUUUUAGUUAUGUAGUAUAACCUAUCUUCUUCCUUACUCGUUGUAGAAGUGGUUUAGUUUUAAGUGCAUGUUAUGUAGUUAACUAAGUAGUUUUAAGUGCAUGUUAUGUAGUUAACUUAGUUCAGAGUAAUUUCUUUUCUUAAAAUUGGAUAAGCAUGUACUCUCAAAGUUGACUACUAAUGAUCGAUCACUAUCUGUCUCGGUUAAUUUUGCUGCUUUUACUUUCAUUACCAACCAUGGAAGUGGAAAUAUACAUGUUUAGGAUAAAUAUUGUGGAUAUAUAUGAUCCAAUGAAACAGUGAAAUAUCAUACAUAUAUGCCAUGUUUUACAUAUGAGUUAAUCAACUUUCUUGAUGAGGAUGCAUCAUCAUGUCUAUCAACUACAGAUGAUAAUCCUUGGUUUGGCUUUUUCUGCAGUAAUAACAGCAACGGCAAGUAUUUAUAGCUAUCGAUGUUAAUCACUUACUCUAAGAAGGAAUCAUACAAUAUUCAUGUCGGUCGAGUACUAAGCUCUAGACCAGGUAAUUGAAUUAAAGUACAUAUUACAAGCAUUCACUUUCUACACUCACUAAAUACCUGUCUUAUAAUUUUUUUUUGUAUUUUAUUUUAGCGUUAACAUCUGUCCUGAAUUUUACACGCAUGUGAUGACGAAUUUUUGGUCGACUAAUAAAAUAUGGGUCCUGCCGAUAGAAACUACAUUCUCUUCCCAUUCAAAUUUUUUUUUUUCAUCCGCAAAAAAAAAAAAAAGUUUCGUUUUAUUGGUUGGACCCGCACAUCCUAAAUCCAACCAAAAAUUUGUAGUCUUGUUUGAGGACCAGGGCCAACUACGUAUUUCCUCAUUGAUGAGUCUAGUAUUCCUAAGACAUUAAAUCUUCAUUGAUAUAUAUGCUCCCCACUUUGGAUGAUUGUAUCAAUUACAUGGAAGCAUAACUGUUCAUUUAUUCGUUUCAGCCUCCAUCGUCAAGGCAAUGAUAUACGUAGUCUGUCGAUCGAUCUUAAUUUCCCAGUUAUCAGUCUCGUUUUGUCAGCCUUCUUUUAUUUUUUUUAUAUGGGUUGAUCGAUGUAUAGGAUCAAGGACAAUGUUUUGCAAAGCUUUUGUGCAGCUGGUUUAUUGAUUUGUGCUUAGCAGAACAUAGACAAACCAGAUCGAUCAUAUGGGCUGACCUGACCGUCUCUGUGCAGUGAGAGAUAAAAACUAUAUCUUGUGCAGAUUAUGUCUAAAACAUGUAUACUCUUGGUAAAUUGGUAUGGCCCCCAUAAAAUGUGUGCUGGCAGAGGGAUUUGCACGCAACAGCUCUGAAUUGCCACACCCAUUAUUAAGCUUUCAACUCCUAAGCAUGGACUCGGACCCACCGUUUCACAAGGCCUACAAGACUUUUUUUGACAACGCCAGCACCACCACCGCCACUACCAACAACAACAACAAUAACAAAGACAACAAAGACCAGGAAGCGAUAAAGGUAAUCUUCGAGGAAUGCGAGCUGCCGCUGAUUGAUCUGCGGCGGCUAGAGCUCGGGGACUCCGAGGGAGAGGAGUGCAAAUCGGAGAUAGCUAGGGCAUCGCAGGAGUGGGGAUUUUUUCAGGUUGUCAACCAUGGGAUUUCAAGCGAGCUUUUGCAGAAGAUGAAGAGUGAGCAAGAAAAGGUAUUCCAGCAAUCGUUUGACAAGAAGAGCCAAGAACACAAGUACUUGAACUUUUCGGCAGGUACUUACCGUUGGGGAAGUCCUACGGCCACAAGCCUGAGACAGUUAUCAUGGUCUGAAGCUUUUCACAUUCCACUCAACAAGAUUUUUGCUUCCUCGGCUGCUGGUCUCGACGAUCUCAGCUCAACGAUGGAACAGUUUGCCACAACAGUUUCUAGUCUGGCACUGAAAUUAGCUGAAAUUUUGGCCGAGAAAUUGGGUCACAAAUCGACAUUCUUCCACGAAAAUUGUUUACCGAGCACUUGCUAUCUUCGGAUGAACCGAUAUCCACCAUGUCCAAUUCCUUCAGAGGUAUUUGGUUUGAUGCCACACACUGACAGUGACUUUCUCACUAUAUUGCAUCAAGACCAGGUUGGGGGAUUGCAAUUGGUCAAAGAUGAUCGAUGGAUCGCAGUGAAGCCUAAUCCAGAAGCUCUAAUCAUCAACAUUGGGGAUUUAUUUCAGGCAUGGAGCAACAAUGUCUACAAGAGUGUUCAACAUCGAGUUGUCACAAAUUUGCAAGUUGAACGAUUCUCCACUGCAUACUUCUUUUGUCCAUCUUAUGAAACCAUGAUAGAGAGUUGUUGCGAGCCUUCGGUUUAUAGAAAAUUCAGCUUUGGGGAAUAUCGACACCAAGUCCAAGAGGAUGUUAAACAAUUGGGUUCUAAAGUAGGCCUUCCUAGGUUUCUUGUCUAAUUAGUUUAUAAGUCCUAGGCACAAACAUGAAUUUUGGUAGUAUAAUUAGGAUAAAUCUAUAUGUGUGUGGGAAAUGGAAGCGGGGUACGUGCGUAUAGAUAUUAUACUAUUUUAAGCUUAGGGUUUAUGUUAGAAAACGACCGGUGAUAAUAGUUUGUGUUUUUUUUGGUUGCUAUAUCGUAGCUUCUUUAAUUAGUCAAUGUAUUGUAAUUGACUACUGUACAAUUAAGAUUUUGUUUGAUAAUGAUUCCUUUGGAUUUAUAA